CGCCAGUCUCCCGCGGUCGCUUAUCGUACUUCAUGAAUGAAUACGCGUCGCUCAGUGCCUCAAGAUUAUCGCGAAUAAAAUAUUAUUAGCCUGAAGUGAAAUUCCAGAGAUAAAACUAGUUUGAGAGCUGUACUUAAAAUCUUCGUGGACCAACGCCAUGACGCAAAAGUUUGUGAUGUCAUUUUUGAAUGAGUUCUGCGUGAAGACCAACUGGCCAAUGCCAGAGUACGAAGUGUUAUCAAAGACUGAUGGAUUUCUGUGUCAUUUAAAGCUGAAGGAUGUGCAGGCCGUUGGCGAGGGUGCAUCGAAGAAGAAUGCCAAACAAGCGGCAGCGCUGCACAUGUGGAAGCAGAUUCUACAAAUUCCGGUUAUCAGAGAAGUGCUGGAGCAAGCCGACUCUUCGGCGUUGAUGUCCACCAGCAGAGGCACAUUGUUCGGGGAGAUCAGUUCGCUGAGCAUCAAGCAGCGCAGAAAGCUGCACGAGCUGAUCCUCGAUGUAUCGAACCAUAUCAGAGCCGAACCCGAUUUCUCCAUGCCAAAAUCAAUUCCAAAAGCCAUUCCAAAAGACAUCCAAACAAAUAUCCCAAAACCCAUUCCUGCACCCAUUCUUGAAUCCAUCCAAAGACCCAACCCUGGUCGAGUCCAGGCGCAGUUACCAGAGGUAAAGUUGAAUUUAAUUGAACUACCUUAUCCAGAUGACGAGCCUGUGAAGAAGCCACUGAAGACUCCUCCCUUGGAGUCUAAAAUGAAGAAAAUCAACGAAAUUCCUCUCAGGCCUGAGCCUUGUUAUAGGUACAUCAAGCUUGGCAACAAUUCAAAUAUUAUGAAAAUCAGGACGAGCGAUCACAACUAUUUCAAGAAGUUUCCCACAGAGCUCAAAGAGGCGGCUUUUAAGGUCAUCAACUCGAAAGACUUUCCGAGCGAGAAGGAGCAAGCUGAGGCCCUGCUGGCCGCCUUGGAGCUGUCCUACACCAUGGAACUAGUGCCGAGCAAAAAUCCCAGCGAUCCGGUUGUUAGUGUGGAGCUUCACUGUGAUUAUCUAGGGUUGUUUCUCGAUUUCAAGAGAAACAUAUAUAGCCACAUCAUCGACUACCUCAAGGAUAUGCUUGUUUAAGCGGAGCAUUCCCGUCAAAGAAUGUUUUAACUAUUACAAAUUGUUAGACACACAAUUAUUCAGAUAAAGGAUUUCCAAGACAGGGAGACAAAUUUUAAAUAAAUAUUAUUGUUAAUUACUGCCAA